AAAUUUUCCUCGAACAACACUUUUACUUAACAAUGUUGUGGGUGGUGUUCUUGUUUAUAACCAUGGUGUUGGGAACGCCAGUACCUGCUAAUAUCAAACUCAAAGCAACGCUAACUUCUCAAGGAACACAAUCUACUAAAACUUUUUCCGUUAUUCUCCCCACGUAUACCCCAAGAGCACCGAUUGUCGUUAAGAAAAAGGACAUGGAUCCAAUUUUAAUUUCGUUUAACAAUAAACAAGAGAUUUUAGAUGCCCAAAACAUUAUGAAGGAAACCAAAUGGGUUCACGGUCAUAAAGUUAAUCAUAAAUCCCAUGCUAACGAGGGUUUGUAAUGGUGAAAAAAAAAAUAUUCCGUUGGUUUUUAUUUAUUAUCUAAUUUAUGAUGAGUUUUUUAUGAAGAUGUUGUACUAUUUAAUAUGUGGUUUUUUUUUUUUGUAUAAAAAUUAGCUGGGCUAAUAUACGCUUGAUGUUUACGU